ACGGGGGGCGGUGACGCCGCCGGUGCCCCGUAGCUGACACUCGGCGCGGGCGCGGGCGGGCGGAGGGGUCGCGGCCAGCGGAGCUGGGGAGCGGCCGCAACCGGAGCGGGGCCCGGGCCCGGGCCCGGCCGCGCCGCCGGGGCAGCUCUGAUUAACAGGAAAAUAAGACUUCUGAAACAGAAUGUGGCUUAUCUGUUGCCUGAAAAGGUGAAAUCUUUUCAAGUAGAAAUGGCUGAUAAAGGUGGGAAGAUCAUUCCAGGACAGUUGUACAUUGAAGUGGAAUAUGACUAUGAGUAUGAAGCCAAGGACAAAAAAAUUGUGAUUAAGCAAGGGGAGAAAUACAUCUUGGUGAAAAAGACUAAUGAUGAUUGGUGGCAAGUCAAAAGAGAUGAAAAUUCCAAACCCUUUUAUGUGCCAGCACAGUAUGUGAAGGAAAUACCACGAAAAGCACUGAUGCCACCUGUUAAGCAGGCAAGCAUGCUGCCAAAUAAUGCUUUGAAGUUGACACAUGGAUUACAGAGAUCAACAGAAAAUGUGAAUAAGUCACCAGAGCUUUCUAGUUUUGGAAAAUCUUCUCCAGUUCAAGUGUCUUGCUUAGUUCGAGAUGCCAAUCAAAAUCUAGGAGUGAACAAUAGCCCCGGACAAACUCUUGGUUUGAGUCUGGACCUUACCCAAAACAAUGGAAAACUCAACAAUGAGUUGCAAUCUCCCAAGGUUUCCAAUCAAUAUAGAACUGUCUCCAUGGGUCAUUUCCCAUGUCCAGAGUUCUUGGAAAUAGAGAAGACCAGUUUUUUGCAUGAACAAUCUUGUGAUUCAGCAGGAGAAGGCUCAGAAAAAAUUCACCAAGAUUCGGAGUCUGGAGAUGAACUCAGUAGUAGCUCCACAGAACAAGUGCAGACUGGCAGAAGACCUUCAGCAUUGCCAGAGCUGGUGAAUGCCUUACUGCCAACUACUCCACCAAGCCAAGGGAGGCCUGAUUCACCAGUUUAUGCUAAUUUACAAGAACUGAAAAUAUCUCAGUCUGCACUUCCGCCACUACCUACAAGUGCUCCAGUCCAAAUAAAUGGGGAAUGGGAAACCCAUAAAGAUACAACAGGACGCUGUUAUUACUACAACAGAGGAUCACAGGAACGAACCUGGAAACCUCCACGGUGGGCCCGAGACGCAAGCAUUAAUAAAGGGGAUUCUCACAGCCAUGCAGAUCAUGAGCAUCUUUCAUCAGAAGAAAACGACCACAGUUCUUGUUACAGCCAGUCAGAUAGUCAGUAUGGUUCUCCUCCAAAGGGUUGGUCAGAAGAGUUGGAUGAACAUGGUCAAACCUUAUAUACCAAUGACUAUACUAAUGAAAAGUGGAUAAAACACGCAGAUGAACAAGGCAGACCAUAUUACUACAGUGCUGAUGGUUCCCGAUCAGAAUGGGAGCUACCAAAGUAUAAUGCUUCACCACAGCAGCAGAGAGAUAUAAUAAAGAGUAGGAGUCUGGACAGGCGACUACAAGAACCAAUAGUUUUAACAAAAUGGAGGCACAGCACAAUUGUGUUGGACACCAACGAUAAGGAAUCAUCAAGUGCUUCUAAGGCCAGUUUUCCUGAAAAUGAGUCGUCUUCUUCCCCAAAGCAUCAAGCCACAGGUCAAGAGAAGUACGGGUUAUUGAAUGUGACAAAAAUUACAGAAAAUGGGAAGAAAGUUCGAAAGAAUUGGAUGUCAUCAUGGGCAGUAUUACAAGGCUCAUCACUGCUGUUCACUAAAACCCAAGGAAGUGGAACUGGCUGGUCAUUUUGCCAGGGGGGCUCAAUUCCUGAGCUCUUGCUCUCGCUGCUUUCUUCUUGGAAAAAUGCUCUCAGUCGUCGACCUGCUGUCACCUAUGUAAACUCUGACCAAGUUUCAGCUAUCACUAAGUUUGGUGUCAAUCAGUCUAAGCCAGAAUUUACAGUGGAUCUUAAAGGGGCAUUGAUUGACUGGGCCUCAAAGGACAAAUCCAGCAAAAAGAACGUUAUUGAGCUAAAAACCCGCCAAGGAACAGAACUCUUAAUUCAAUCCGAUAAUGACAGCUUUAUUAAUGAAUGGUACAAAGUUCUUAACUACACCAUCAACAAUCAGGUAAUAGAGUCUGAUGAAACAUUAGAAGAUGAAAUACCAGAUUCCCCUGGGGUGGAAAAACAAGACAAAGAGAAAGAGAAUAAAGACUCCAAGAAACUUCGCUCAGUGAAAGCACCUAGCAAUAUAGAUUCCACAGAUCAGAAAAAGACCAAAACAAAGCUCAAGAAGUUUCUUACACGGCGCCCUACAUUACAAGCUGUCCGUGAAAAAGGCUACAUUAAGGAUCAAGUGUUUGGUUCCAAUCUCACCAGCUUGUGUCAAAGAGAAAACAGCACGGUGCCAAAGUUCGUGAAGCUGUGCAUUGAGCAUGUUGAGGAACAUGGAUUAGAUGUUGAUGGCUUAUACCGAGUUAGUGGCAAUCUUGCAGUGAUACAGAAGCUAAGAUUUGCAGUCAAUCAUGAUGAAAAACUAGACUUGAAUGACAGUAAAUGGGAGGAUAUACAUGUCGUCACAGGAGCUCUAAAGAUGUUUUUCAGAGAAUUGCCAGAGCCGCUGUUCACUUAUAAUCACUUCAACGACUUUGUCAAUGCAAUUAAACAAGAACCAAGGCAGCGUGUCCAUGCUGUUAAAGAUUUAAUCAAACAGUUGCCAAAACCAAAUCAAGACACUAUGCAGGUACUCUUUAGACACCUGAAGAGAGUUGUAGAAAACGGAGAAAAGAACCGAAUGACCUAUCAAAGUGUAGCAAUAGUUUUUGGUCCAACCUUAUUAAAACCAGAGAAAGAGACUGGUAACAUAGCAGUCCACACAGUAUACCAGAAUCAGAUUGUAGAAUUAAUUCUACUGGAAUUGAAUUCCAUCUUUGGACGCUGACAUUUUUCUUGGAUUAGAAACUGGAAGUGAUGGGUUGGCAGCAGUACUCCAUCAGAAGGAGAAUCUCUUGCUGUACAUGAUAGAUUAUGUCUGUGGACCAAGCAGCAACUUAUUUUUUGCACUUUUGGGGAGAGGAGAAAUGUUUGACCACUUCAAUGCGAAUUAAAGACAACACUUUGGAUUUCUUUGAAAAGUUCAAUGUAAAAAGUGAAUUGAAAAGUUUAUAGUUUGCCUUUUUUAAAGUAGCAUUGGAAAAAUAUAAUAUAGGUUCAUACACUGGAUUUCUUGGAGAGUAAAGCUAUUAAUCUCAAACUGGGUAAUCUGGAAUUUAAUCUUAAAAUUCUUCCACUUGAUAGGGAUAAGUCCUACCGACAGACAUGGAAAAAUUCAGUGGAGUUAUAUCUUAAGCUUGUGUAUCACAACCUACUCAGAUCUGUAUGACACUUUUCCAAGGGGUUUCUGCAUGCAGUGACUGUCUUAAACUUGUGCUAACAGUUUGGUUUAGUUAUUCAGAUCUAAUUUCUCACUUGAUACCUGUUGUCCUUUCUUCUUUCCCUGCCCCCUCCUUUUUCUCUUUUUCUUUUCUUUCCUUCCUUUUUUUCCCCAGAAACCUUUCUGAAACUUCUUAGUUGCUUUAUAGAACAGCACACUAUUUCAAACACUGAACUUGUAAGAAUAUCCAGCAAUGGAUAUUUGUCUUGUGGCAUAAUAGAAAUAAUAUUUAAUAAACAUGUUAAUUUUUUCAGGGUAUUUCCUGAGCUAAGUUUUGUGUUAUACUGAUUUAAGGGUAAAAUCCUAAAUAAAUACCAACUGUAACACUGUAUUGAGUUCUUGGUAUAAUGCUGUGGUAGUGGAAGUUGCUUGAUGUAAAUACAAGCUGUUCUUUUGAUUCUUGUAUAUAAUUUGGUUUCUGUAUAGUUCAAGAACACUUUAGUCACAUUUCUAAUCAUGGAUAGAUGAGCUACAGUAGCAUAAUGUUUCCAGUGGAUGUCUGAGUUUCAGCAGAGAAAGAGGUUAUAGGGAGGGAGGGGGGACCUAACUGUGUGCACUUUUAGAUGUUAAUUACAUUUGCGGGCAAAUAACUAAUGCAAAUGGUACUGGAGAAAUACUGAGUGUGCUUGCUAAAUUGUUAAUGCACUACAAGAGGAGCCUUUUAGGUUAUUUAAUAUGUACAGGAUACAUUAGAAAAAUGUAUUAUGAAUUCUAACAGCUACAAUAGUGAAACUCAUGUUUUGAUAGAUAGAUGUUUGAUGGAAUCCAUGAUGCUAAAUUUAAGAUUUUCUUUUUACAUUAAUGUAGAAUAAUUUGUAAAAUUGGUUUUGAAAGAUUUUGUUACAGGGAAGCAUGGUCUGCUGAAGAUUUUUUUAAAUGUAUUUUUCUAGACUAACUGCUGUAUCUGACAUAUUUGUUAUGUCUAACCUGAAUAAAAAAAAAACGUUAGCUAGUUCUUUUAAGAGUUUGCUGUUCCCACUUCAGACAAUGUGAACCCCCUUUAAAGAGUAAGACCAAUGUAUCCAUGCUAAGUGGUAGGAUACUGCUUGUGUCAAAGAGUUGUCAUACUGGAUUAAAAGAUGAAUGCUUACUUUAUAACCUGACAAUUUUAGGAAUUUCCCAGUCGAUUUCUUUAACAACUUAAAUUCUAACAUAAGGUUCAGAGAGUGCGGAAGGAAUUUAUGGAUAUAAAUGCACGGUCUUUAAAACAUAUCCCAACUUUCUUGGAACCUAUUAUACAGAAAACAGAUACAUUGGGGAAAUAAUUGUAUUUCACCUUUGAUUUGUUGUAUAGCUUUCACAACAGUUUUGGCUUACAGCAAUGGGGAUGUGUGGUGAAGUACUGAGGUGUAAUCAGAUAAAUGGUACGAGAAUUUCAUGAGCAUAGGGCUUGCCUGAAAAAAUCUUUGGAGAUAAAAGAGAAGAUGAGUUACCUUGUGGCUUUCUCACUGUCGUCUUGUGGUAAUGGUGAAGUCUUGUGGUUUGUUGCAAAGCAAACCUGGGUGAGAAGUGUGAAAGCUCCAUCUCUCUUGUGUUGUCAGACUCCUGGUAGACUGUCAAACCAGAGCAGUGCCAAGUGGCAGGUGUGCCCCAAGCUACUAGAAAAUAUGAACAAAGUUGAAAUCUGUUGCUGUCGAUUAUUCAAAUCCCAACUUCAACCGUAAAAUAAAAAAGAAUUCUCACCACUAAAUUAGAGGGCUUAUCCACAGGUCACCUUUUCUGUACAAGUGUUAUGUUUUUCAAAGAAAGUCUGUCUUUUUAAAACAACUUGAUAAUGAGGAUGUCACGCCUUUCCUUGUAUUCCCCCAAAAUAAAGCAUUUUGUUAUUACAAUA